UAUUAUCUGUUUUUGUUUUAUACUUUUUUUUUUUUUUUUUUUAAACACAGAUGCCCCAUCAUGUAAAGAUUGCAACGGGACUGAUGCCGUCUGUGUUACUCAAUAUACAAUACCGGCAAAGACCUAUGCCUCAUGCUCUUGCAAGGAUGGAAGUCUUGGAAAUGGCCUUAACUGCACAAAGUUAGUGUAUUGCAGCAGUAGUUGCUGUGAUCAAGGAUACAACUAUAAUUAUGUCACAAAAAAAUGUGAUGAUAUAAAUGAAUGUGUUACUACGAAUGAUUGCCUUUCAGGAAAUCCAUCUGAUUGUUUUAAUAUCAUUGGCAAUUACUUGUGUAAAUAUAAUAAAACCAGACUGUGCCCAAACACUGCAUGUAACAAUUCCAUGGACUGUAUCCUAAAAAAUAACAUUCUAGGGUGUGAUGACCCCUGUGUUUAUUACAAUUGGCUUGAUGGAUCAGAUAGAUACUAUUCAAUCAACUCUACAAAAAGAUUCCUCACCGAUCGUUACAAUUUUGGCUGGUUCAGAUAUAAAAAUGGGAUGGGAAUAAAGAACGGAUGUGUUGGACCCUUAAAAUGUAAUUCUCUACGUCCACUUUCUUUAAAUGGUAUCCUUCCAACGUUUGAAGAAGGAGUUAAGAUGGUUUCGGUCUACAGUAAUUAUGAUACAGGCUGCAAAGCUGGAACACCUAUCCCAGUAAAGGCGUGUUAUAGGAACAGUGAAACAUAUUAUGUUUACAAGUUUUCAGGGCUCUUAACCUACGAUGUUUAUUGCACAGAUUAUGUUAUUCCGCCCACCACUACCACCACUGAGCCUACCACCACCACCACCACCGAGCCUACCACCAUCAGCCCUACCACCACCGCUAAGCCCAAUACUACAAUCCCUGAACCCACGACCACCGCCGCUGCUGACCCACAACCACUGCCGCUGCUGACCCACAACCACUGCCGCUGA